UUUUAACUGGUGCAAUCUGGUACUACUUAAAACUGAGUGGCAACACUGGCUUCCCAGUUUACUGCUUCCCGCGACACUAGUAGGACGUGCUCUCUAGGCUCUGCUGCGACGGUCAUGGCAGACUCAACAAAAAACAUUUUUGGGCUGACGAUGAGGAGGCUGCCGCCAUUGAAGAUCCCGGUGUCGUGCUACAUGCCGGACCAGGUGGCCGUGGAACCCGGCAACUUCGUUUUACCCGCCCCCUUCGAAGACUGGUACCCGUCCUACGCCUCCCUCUCCAUCCUGCCUGAUGACAUCUGGGUUGUAACCUAUCCCAAAACAGGAACAACGUGGACCCAGGAACUCGUGUGGUGCCUUCUGCAUGACCGUAACUCUCCUGAAGCCAAAAUGCCACUCAUGAGCCGUUUCCCAUUCUUAGAGUUCGAUUCUCUUCUCAACCCUUCCUGGAAGCCUGAUGUAAGUGAAGAUAAUCCUAUCCGUUUGGGCAACAGUUGGAAGACAGUGCAGCAGAUGACUUCUCCAAGAAACAUCAAGUCACACCUCCCCAAGGAUCUGCUUCCCCCUCAGCUGUGGGAGGUCAAACCCAAGAUCGUGUACGUCUGCCGCGAUCCUCGGGAUGUUUGCGUGUCCUAUUACUUCCACCAACGCAAGUUGGAGGGCUACACGGGGAGUUUUGAGGAUUUUGUUGAAACUUUCUUGGAUGACAGAUUGUCCUACUCGCCGAUUUGGCUUCAUAUCCUUGAUUUCUGGGAGAUGAGGAAUGAAGCACACAUCCUCUUCCUACGAUAUGAGGACAUGAAAAAGGACCUGGAGGGAGCAGUGCGGCAGGUGGCAGCCUUCCUGGAGGUUGAGGUGGACGACGCCGAAGUUGCAAGCCUGGUACACCACUGCUCCUUCGACCAGAUGAAAGUCAACCCUGCUACCAACAAUGAGACCUUCCUAAGUGCCGAGAAUACAAAAUCGGAAGGCAUCAAAUUUAUGAGGAAAGGGCAGGUUGGAGACUGGAAGAACCACAUGACAGAGAAGCAACAGGAGGCCUUCAAGAAGUGGACCGAUCGAUACUUGGAGGGUUCAGACUUUCCCUAUUACCGUGACUAUGAGUAGGGCAAAUAUAGACCAGUUAAUCACGCAACAAUUAUAAAGGGCAAUACUAAUAAUACUUAACCAAAGGGAAGUAGAACGAUAGUAUGAGAAGUGAAAAACAAUACAGCCACAGGAGAGGUGUUAAUUUUUAAGUUCUUGGGAUUUGAACAUUUUGAAAGUCAAUAAUAAUGAGAAUGUAUGCGGAUGGGUUAGCAUUCCUGAUAAAUAUGCAGAGUAGAGUGGCAGAGGUGGACAAAUGUAACACUGGGAUGGUUUGGUUGGAGGUGAAGUGUUGAUGACAAAAGACUGCCCAUAACUGUGUGAAGUGGAUAGAGUGAUGGGAUGACCGCCUACACAAUGGGUGAAAAAAGGCUUUAGGUUCGUUGAAAGAGGAAUGAAUGAUGAAGAAAGGAAUGGAAUGUGCGCAGCUGGGUAGUGAGUGAACACUUCAGUCAUGAUCACAGAGAGAGAGAGAGAGAGAGAGAGAGAGAGAGAGAGAGAGAGAGAGAGAGAGAGAGAGAGAGAGAGAGAGAGAGAGAGAGAGAAUCAGAAUUCGUAUUUAUGCGUUCUCAUUCGUUCAUAUAUAUGUUUUAUGAUUGAGGACUCAUACCAUCUUAAUUCUGCUUAAAUACGCAUCAUGUCAAGUGUCUCAAAGCACAUGAAAAAUCGGUCUUGUCCAAAAAGAAGGAAAUUAACCUUUCAAUGACGAGGACUGAACCAGCGACCAGCCAGACGGGCAGCCAGCUCUAUCUACUCUCUAAAUCUCUGACUAUAGUUGACAAAAGAAGUAACAUACUCAUCCAUUCCAACAGUAACAUUGUACUAUAAGUUUUCCCUUAAUGCCUGAAAUAUGAUGUUAAUAACUAAUAACUGCUUAUGAACGAAGCGACUGGACACUACAGUAAAUCAAAUGUUGCCCAUCAAUGGUAGAACGAAAGCAAUACAUGUAUCUUUGCUAUA